UUUUCAAACAUUUCUUUUCCAAACUUUCGUUUUGAAGCAAAAUAUUUUGAAUUAUUUUCUCUCAAUUGCAAGGAAAUACACGAGCUUUUCUAGCGAAAUAUGUCGCACGACGUGACCGUAAACUUCAACGGCAAAUCAUUUAACCUUCGUUUUCAACCAUCCUGGACAAUCGCUCAACUAAAACACGAAAUUGCUCGCAAGAAAAAUGUCAAAACUGCUGGAAUUAAAAUCAUUUUUGCCGGUCGAGAAUUACCCGAUGAAUUAACACUCGGGAAUGCAGAGAUGAACCACAGCGUCAUUCAUGCUGUUCAGAAAUCUGGUCAGAUCUCAGUUGAUGCAACUUACAAUGCGAAUGAUGGUUUGACGAAAGUGAAACUGACACAGGAUGACGAAGAUGGAGAUGGUGAAUCUCAACAAUCAGGCAAGCAAAGUUUCUUCUUUGUUUAUUGUAAAACUUGCAAGAAACUAACACAAGGAAAAUUGCGAUGUCGAUGUUCAAAUUGCAAGGAAGGAAGCUUUGUUCUAUCACAGGGUCCAAAUGGUUGGGACGAUGUAUUGAUCAAAGGCCGCAUGCAGGGACAAUGUGAAUCCAAUACAAACUGUCAGGGAAAAACAGCUGAAUUUUAUUUCAAAUGUGGGGAACAUCAUGGUAGAGAUGAACAGGCGCCAUUAUCAAUGUUGAAAUCUAACAUCAGAAAUAUUCCCUGCAUCACAUGCUCUGAAACAUCAACUUUAUGAAAAUCAAUUGUUCAUAAUACGUUAGGAGUUUUCACUUAAUGUUCACACAACAGCAGCAGUGUGUAUCCAUCUU